UUUCUAAGUUUUUGUCCAACUCAUCUCCCUCUGUCUCUCUCUCUUCUCUCUGCUCUGCAAAAACUAGCAAAGGUGUGUGCUUGCCCCACUUCCAACUAGUUUCAUAACAUGGUAUGGUGCCAGCAAAAGCAUCAUCUUUCCACUGAAAAUUGAUUCAUGUAAAUGAUGCUAGUGGAAAGGAAGCACUUGUACUACAAGCUUCCAAAGUUGUAAUCUUUUUGAAUCUUGGAGUUGAAAAAGAAUAGACAUUUUUUCACAGAUUAACAAUGCCUGUUCCUCUAGCUCCAUAUCCAUCUCCUCCUCCUGUGCCACUUACAACCCCUGCAAAUGGUUCACAAAGUCAGCUAGUGUGUUCGGGAUGUCGAAAUCUUUUACUUUAUCCGGUUGGAGCAACUUCAGUUUGUUGUGCAGUGUGCAAUGCUGUCACAGCUGUUCCUCCACCUGGUACCGAAAUGGCGCAACUGGUCUGCGGAGGCUGUCACACAUUGCUCAUGUACAUUCGUGGUGCGACAAGUGUACAAUGUUCUUGCUGUCAUACCAUUAAUUUAGCCUUAGAAGCAAAUCAGGUAGCACAUGUCAAUUGUGGAAACUGUAGGAUGCUACUGAUGUACCAGUAUGGAGCUCGUUCUGUGAAAUGUGCGGUUUGUCAAUUUAUUACAUCCGUCGGGGCUUCAACAAGUGCUGCAGAACAGAAGUUCAACACCUAACACUUUGCGUUCAGAAUGACUUAAUAUGCCUUCAGAUAUCACUUCAAAUCCAUGGUGACCAAAGAGCUUAUGUCUCACUACACGUGCAAUGUAUAGAGUUAUGAAUUUCCUCUUGCUUGUGACUAUCAUUAUAUUUUUCAUAUAUAUUAUAGUGAUUAAAGAAUAAACGUAGUUUUGGCAGGCGCGUUUUGGAUUCGAGAUGUAUCUGAUUAUGAGAGGACAUUUAUGGUUGUAAACUGGUGUUUGUUUCUUCGGAUAAUGAAAAGUUUUAUUUUGUUUGGAAA